AAUUUCAAUUACUGGAGAAGUCAAUCCUGGUUACGAGAUGAAUCGUUGCAUAUUGGUUCUCGCGGCGUUAGCUGCUUUGGCUUGGACUGCCAAUGCAGAAAAUCAAGUUGUAUGCUACUACGGUAGCUGGGCCGGUUAUCGAAAUUCCGAUGGCCGAUUUGACAUCUCACAUAUUGAUCCGAAACUUUGCACCCAUUUGAUCUAUAGUUUUGUCGGUAUCAAUAAGAAUGGCGAUAUCCGAGUUAUGGACCCGUAUAAUGAUCUUCCCGAUGAUUACGGCAAGAACGGCUUUGGCAAAUUCGUUGAGCUUCGUAAAAAGAGCCCCAAUGCUAAAAUGAUGGUCGCUAUCGGUGGAUGGAGUGAGGGAUCCGAUGGAUUCUCCACUGUUGUUAACAAUCCGAGUCUUCGUGCAAAAUUCGUUAAGAAUGCCGUUGCAUUUGUAAAGAAAUAUCAUUUCGAUGGUUUUGAUGUCGAUUGGGAAUACCCGAACCAACGUGGUGGAAAGAAAGAGGACUUGCAAAACUUUGUGAACGUGCUCAAAGAACUCAAGACUGAAUUAAAAAAGAGUAAUCUGCUUCUCAGUAUUGCCGUUGGUGCUCCCGAGUCACUCGCCUCUCAAUCCUACAAACCGAUCAAAUCAGUAUGUGACAAUGUGGACUUUGUCAAUCUUAUGACGUACGAUCUAGCUGGUACUUGGGAGCAAGUCACUGGUCACCACGCUGGGCUCUAUGCGCACAAGAGCGGACACAAACUCAAUGUCGACGCAGCUGUACAGUAUUGGUUGAACAAUGGUUGUUCAUCUAAAAAACUAAUCGUUGGAGUGCCAUUAUACGGUAGAGCCUUUACUCUCGCCGACAAGAAUAAGCAUGGUCUUGAAGCUCCUUCCAUCGGACCAGCUACUGCCGGUCCGUACACUCAAGAAGGUGGCUAUCUCGGAUACAACGAGAUUUGCGUACUAUUAAAACAAGGUGGAUGGAAAGUUGAACAUCAUAAAGAUCAACGUACUCCAUACGCUUACAAAAACAAUCAAUGGAUUGGCUACGACGAUAAAACUUCUAUUAAAGAAAAGGUUGACUACAUCAAAAAGAAAAAUCUUGGAGGUGCAAUGGUAUGGAGUAUUGACACUGAUGACUUUUUGGGAAAAUGCGGUGAAAAGUUUCCUCUACUGACAGCACUGUCUAAGGGGCUGAAAUAAAUUUCGGUAGAAUCAGGAUAAAUUGACCAAGAAACCAUCGCAAACGACGCAAACUACAACAAACAACGCCUCCACUUAUGACUGCACCUUCCAGUGAUAUUUACAAGAAAAAAGAUUAAAUUUGCGAUAAUUAAAAUUACGAUAUGUUCUACCUAUGCCCAAAUGUCAACAGCGUUUUCUAAUUAUAAAAAUUCAAUUGUCUAAGUGGACUGGCCUUCAAUCUCUAAAUCAACGAUUGUAAUUACAAAAUUCUUGUUCCUGAAUGUAAUUAUCGAUAAUAGACGGUAACAAAUGGUGAUGUUGUACUAUUCUAUGACGUUCUACUUGUUGUACAGUGUGGAACGUAAUAAAUAUAGACAUGCUCUACA